GUAGGGCAGCCUGGGGAGCUACUAAGUGGGACCUGGAACCAGCAGGAGUGUGGUGAAUGCUAGCACGGGUGUCUGGGAGCCCAGGGCACUGCUAUGCUCUUGAGCCUCAGUUCCUGCCUUUCCCAUGAGGCUCAAUAGAGGCCUCCAUCCCCUGCUGUCUCUUCAGCUCGGAGAUCUCAGUGGGCCCCUGUGGGUACAGAGCCCUUUGCUCGGUCCUCCCCAUCCCAUGCUCCAGCACCAGCUGUCCCCACCUCGCUCAUUAACAGUCACCCCGGCCUCCCAUUUCCUCUCAACACUCAUAGGUAUUAGUCUGGAUUCCCGCUGCUGCCUGGACCCCUCAUUGGCUGUGAGCUCCCAAGUCCUGGUUGUGGCCCUCUCAGCACACCCUUCCCUCACUCCUGCCCAUUACAGGAAGCCAGCUCUCCAGGGACUGGGCAGCUAGCCAAGCAAUCAGUGGUCAUUAACAAUCAAUGACCAGCCAAUGGCCAACCCAUGGAUGACUGACUGGCUGGCUGAGCACAUGCUGGCCUGGGGGUGGCUUACAGAAUCCUUCCCCAGGGGAUGGCAGCAGGGGAGUGGAGCCAACCACUUGGCACCCCUCACACUAGUCACCCUACCCCCCAGGGGCCUCAGCAUCCCCGCUUCCCAGUCUGCCCCACUCUGAGCUACCUUGUCCCACCUUCCCCAAGUAGGGCCACCUCCAGGCUUCAGGCAGAGCCUGGGCAGCUGCGGCAAUGCAGGGAAGAGGCUCAGAAAGUGACCUGGAAAGUAAUGCAGGAACUGGAGGCCUGAGAUUGCUUCCCGAGGAUAUCCUGAAGCCUUCAUGAGAAUGUGAGAGUUCUCUUCAUGAGCCUGAAUGCAGCGCUGCUGAAGGACCCCAAGGCUGGGGGUCUUCAGGCACGGAGAUCGGAGGCCAGGAGGCUAGGAGGAGUCCCUGGUGAUGGGGUACUGGGCAAGCAGGCCUCAGAGCCAUGGGUUCCAGUCUGAGUUUGGGUCAGGGAGGUGUGCUCUUUAAAGGCUGUGCCUGUCUGGUCUCGCUUAGGCUCAGCCACGAGGAGGGGUGCCAAGGUGCCUGUGCCCUGAUCUCUGAUGCCUCUUCUCCCAAAGGCCAUGUGCUGUUUCUACCCCUGCUGUUGCUGCUGGGAGCACAGGCCUCCAGGGACCUGGUGAUCACACCCCCAGGGCCAGAGCUGGUCCUCAAUGUCUCCAGCAACUUCAUUCUGACCUGCUCGGGUCCAGCUCCAGUGGUGUGGGAACGGCUGUCCCGGGAGCCCCUGCAGGAACUCACCAAGACCCAGGAUGGCACCUUCUCCAGCAUGCUAACGCUGACCAAUGUCACUGGGAUAGACACAGGAGAAUACUUUUGUACCUACAAAGGCUCCCAGGGGCUGGAGUCUGGUGAGCAGAAACGACUCUACAUCUUUGUGCCGGAUCCCACUGUGGGCUUCCUCCCUGUUGACCCUGAGGAACUAUUCAUCUUUCUCACGGAAAUAGCUGAGACCACAAUUCCAUGCCGAGUGACAGAUCCACGACUGGUGGUGACACUGCACGAGAAGAAAGUGGAUGUCCCACUCCCCAUCCCCUAUGACCACCAACAUGGCUUCUCUGGUAUCUUUGAGGACAAGACCUAUGUCUGCAAAACCACCAUUGGGGACAAAGAGGUGGAUUCUGAAGCCUACUAUGUCUACAGCCUCCAGGUGUCAUCCAUCAAUGUCUCAGUGAAUGCAGUGCAGACUGUGGUCCGCCAGGGUGAGAACAUCACCAUCAUAUGCAUUGUGACUGGGAACGAGGUGGUCAACUUUGAGUGGAUAUACCCACGCCUGGAGAGUGGGCGGCUGGUGGAGCCAGUGACUGACUUCCUCUUCAGUGUACCCUCCCACAUACGCUCCAUCUUGCACAUCCCCAGCGCUGAGCUGGGCGACUCUGGGACCUACAUCUGCAAUGUAUCAGAGAGUGUGAAUGACCAUCGAGAUGAAAAGGCCGUCAAUGUCACUGUGGUUGAGAGCGGCUACGUACAGCUGCUGGGAGAACUAGACACUGUACAGUUCGCGGAGCUGCACCGCAGCCGGACACUGCAGGUGGUGUUCGAGUCCUACCCGCCGCCCACUGUCAUGUGGUUCAAGGAAAACCGCACACUGGGCGACUCUAGCGCCGGGGAGAUCGCCCUGUCCACACGCAAUCUGUCUGAGACCCGGUAUGUGUCAGAACUGACACUGGUGCGGGUGAAGGUGACUGAGGCUGGCCACUAUACCAUGCGGGCCUUCCAUGAGGACGCUGAGGCCCAGGUCUCCUUCCAGCUGCAGGUCAACGUGCCUGUCCGUGUUCUGGAGCUGAGUGAGAGCCACCCUGCCAGUGGGGAGCAGACAGUCCGCUGCCGAGGCCGGGGCAUGCCCCAGCCACACCUCACCUGGUCUACCUGCAGCAACCUCAAAAGGUGUCCACGCGAACUGCCACCCAUGCCAUUGGGUAACAGUUCUGAGGAGGAGAGCCAGCUGGAGACUAAUGUGACUUAUUGGGCUGAGGAGCAGGAGUUUGAGGUGGUGAGCACACUGCGCCUGCACCGUGUGGAUCAGCCACUGUCGGUGCGCUGCACGCUGCAAAACCUGCUGGGCCACGACAUUCAGGAGGUCACCGUGGUGCCACAAUCUCUGCCCUUUAAGGUGGUGGUGAUCUCAGCCAUCCUGGCCUUGGUGGUGCUCAUGAUCAUCUCCCUCAUCAUCCUCAUCAUGCUUUGGCAGAAGAAGCCACGUUAUGAAAUCCGAUGGAAGGUGAUUGAGUCUGUCAGCUCUGAUGGCCAUGAGUAUAUCUACGUGGACCCUAUGCAGCUGCCCUACGACUCCACCUGGGAGCUGCCACGGGACCAGCUUGUGCUCGGACGCACCCUGGGCUCCGGGGCCUUUGGGCAGGUGGUGGAGGCCACGGCUCACGGCCUGAGUCAUUCACAGGCCACGAUGAAAGUGGCUGUCAAGAUGCUGAAAUCCACGGCCCGCAGCAGUGAGAAGCAAGCCCUCAUGUCAGAGCUAAAGAUUAUGAGUCACCUCGGACCCCACCUGAAUGUGGUCAACCUGCUGGGGGCCUGCACCAAAGGAGGGCCCAUCUACAUCAUCACUGAAUACUGCCGCUAUGGUGACCUGGGGGACUACCUGCACCGCAAUAAGCACACCUUCCUGCAGCGCUGCCCUGACAAGUGCUGCCCGCCCAGCACCGAGCUGUACAGCAACGCCCUGCCAGCCGGCCUCACCCUGCCCAGCCACGUGUCCCUGCCUGGGGAGAGUGACGGUGGCUACAUGGACAUGAGUAAGGAUGAGUCGGUGGACUACGUUCCCAUGUUGGACAUGAAAGGAGACAUCAAAUAUGCAGACAUUGACCCCUCCAACUCCAUGGCCCCUUAUGAUAACUAUGUUCCCUCAGCUCCCGAGAGGACCUGCCGGGCGACUCUGAUCGACGAGUCCCCAGUGCUUAGCUACAUGGAUCUUGUGGGCUUCAGCUACCAGGUGGCCAACGGCAUGGAGUUCCUAGCCUCCAAGAACUGUGUGCACCGGGACCUGGCAGCCAGGAAUGUGCUCAUCUGUGAGGGCAAGCUUGUCAAGAUCUGUGACUUUGGUCUGGCCCGUGACAUCAUGCGUGACUCGAACUACAUCUCCAAAGGCAGUACCUUCCUGCCUCUGAAGUGGAUGGCCCCCGAGAGCAUCUUCAACAGCCUCUACACCACCCUGAGCGACGUGUGGUCCUUCGGGAUCCUGCUCUGGGAGAUCUUCACCCUGGGUGGCACCCCUUAUCCAGAGCUGCCCAUGAAUGAGCAAUUCUACAAUGCUAUCAAGCGGGGCUACCGCAUGGCCCAGCCUGCCCAUGCUUCCGAUGAGAUUUACGAGAUCAUGCGGAAGUGCUGGGGAGAGAAGUUUGAGAUUCGGCCCCCCUUCUCCCAGCUGGUGCUGCUUCUUGAGAGACUGCUGGGUGAGGGUUACAAAAAGAAGUACCAGCAGGUGGAUGAGGAGUUUCUGAGGAGUGACCACCCAGCUGUCCUUCGGUCCCAAGCCCGCUUGCCUGGCUCCCAUGGCCUCCGAUCUCCUCUGGACACGAGCUCCGUCCUCUACACUGCUGUGCAGCCCAAUGAGGGUGACAAUGACUAUAUCAUCCCCCUGCCUGACCCCAAACCCGAGGUUGCUGAUGAGGGCCCACUGGAGGGUUCCCCCAGCCUUGCCAGCUCCACCCUGAAUGAAGUCCACACCUCCUCUACCAUCUCCUGUGACAGCCCCCUGGGGCCCCAGGAGGAACCAGAGCCAGAGUCCCAGCUCGAGCCCCAGGUGGAGCCAGAGCCAGAGCGGCCACAGGAUUCAAGCUGCCCCAGGCCUCGGACCGAGACAGAAGACAGCCUCCUGUAGGGGGCUGGUCCCCAGCCUGCCCUGCCCAGAGCUCCCCAUCUACCUCCCAGCACCCAGCACCUCCUGGCAUGUCCUGGCCACUCAUCAGCCAGGAUGCUCCCAUAAGCUGUCCCCUUCUGGAAAGCCUUUGUCCUUGGCAUGUUGCACCCCAACCCCUGGGGCUGGCUUAGGAGGCCAGAGAACUGCACCGGCUGUGACCAGCCCUCUGCCUUGGGGGAGGCAUGUAACUCCGAGCCAGGGUUCUCCUGAAGGAGUCAGUUUCCCCGUCUGUAAGAUGGGGGAAGUUAGGCUUGGUGACACAGUCUGGGUGACAGGUGGGGAGGCUGAAAUCCCUAGGGAGAUUCUCAAGGUUCAGGAGGUGGUGAACUAACCUUUCUUCUGGUGCGUUGGCUGCCCCUCAAGGAGCUGCAGCUCUCUCCUUGCACUUCUAUCCGCCCGAGAGCUGGGUAAGCAACCCUGACAUUCCCGGCUCCCGCUGAGCUGGGACCUGGCCUUGGGCAGUGUAGCCUCAUCCAGAAGCCACCUCCCCUCCAUACCAGUCUCACUUUCCCAGGCCCGAGCUGGUCUGGGGCCGUUCAUGCUUCAUAAACGCUGGGGGCAGAGCCAAGCAAUAGGACACCCUGGCCUGCAGCCCCUGUCCUGGGCACUAGGGACACACCAUGCCAUAAAGGUGCCCAUGUCCUUACCUUCCCGGCCCCACAAGUCCCAGAGUCUUUUUUUCCAUCACUUCCAGUCUUACUCCACCCAGCAGAGUCUCCAGGGCCAGGCGGGCCCUACGUGCUUUGAUGUACCUGCGAGAAAUAUCCACAUGUGUGGACAAAUUUGUGGACCAAUAUGUGCACUGGACCUGCUAUGAGACCUUGGAGGAAUUCCUUGCCCUUUCUGGGCCUGUUUUCCCUCUUGGGAAAUAAGCAAGUUGGACUCAUUGACUUCUGGUGCCCUGCCAGCACUAACAUUCUAGAAUAUUCCAGAGGGUUGCAUACUUGCCCAGAUGAAGCAAAUCUAAAUACCCUAAACUUCCAUCCUGGGGAUCAACUGGGGUCUGGGGAGAUUCCAGACCACAUAUCAUAUUCCAGGCAUUCAGGAACCUGCCCCGUCCUCAGAUCCCCAGCAAGUCUCAAAAGACCAGCUGCCCAGGCCUUGACUCAGAGUGACAGUGUCUUGGAAAGCCCCCAGCAGCUGCCCUAGGGACAUGGAAAGACCACGGGACCCUUUUGGCACCCAUAAUGACCUCUGGAGCUGUCCAGGGCAAAGGAGGAAGAGAGGGCAAAUCAGACUACCUUGUGCAGCCCACCACUCUGGCACCUGCUGUCCAGGUCUGUGCUGCAGGCAUAACAGACAGUGAGGGUCCCCAGGGACCCCCAGAAAGGACAAGAAGCCUUGGUUAGGGAACCUGAGAAAGGAGUACAAGAGCUGGGUACUUCAGGGUUUACCUUCUCAACCUGACAGUUGCCACGUCCCCGAGGCAAUAUUCAGGGGGAUGGCUUCAUCAUUGCCCAGGCCUGCUCAUCUCACAGUGUCUGCCAGCUGCAGCCCAGCAGUGGGCACCAGAGGUGCCAGGGAAGUGAGGGCUGUGGCUAAGAGCACCAGCAAGGGAAGGGCUCGGAGGGUGGGAGGGGAGAGCAGCUCCUGGGGCCCAAGCCCUCUGAUGCUGGUCGGCGCCCCCUGCCCAGGGCCCUUGAAGCCUGGUUGCAGACAGAGUGGGUUCUCACUAUGGUACCAAAGAUAUGAUCAUCUAGGUCUACAAGUAUUUUUAGGACUCACAUUAACUCACAUUUAUACAGAAGAAGUACUAUUUUGUAUGCCAUCAAAUUUUCCUAUCCGUGUACUUUUUUUUCUUAAGGGAAAGAUUUUAAUAUUAAACCUGGUGCUUCUCACAGACUUUAUGGUCUCUUGAGGAUUUGGGUCCCUGUGCCUGGGAGGUGGCAGGAGUGGAGUGGGGCAGAUGUGGCUUGCCCCAUCUGCAGAAUCCCCACACAGGUCCUUUCACCUCUUGUCUUAUUUCCAUGUGUAAAAUGGGUAUUUUCACAUUCUCCCACCUGUUGCUAGUAGCUGGCUGACCUGGACCUUGGGCUUCAGGUUUCCACAGUGUGAAAUGAGAAGGUUCUGCCAGCGCUGCAGUGCCUGGCCCUGGGAUGGGCGGGACUGUUCGCAGGCUCAUGUUGAGGAGCCUGAGCCCCCGCUGCGGCCCCCACCAUGCCCCACCAUGUGCCUCGGCUUGGGCUAUUAAGCUGAGACAAUCUCCUGCCCUCUGGCAUUCCUUCCAGAGGGCCACACUGAGGCUCAUGAAAGGCAUCAGCUAAAGCCCAGGUUCCAGUCCCUGGUAAGUACUAGUUGGGUCCAGGUGGGAGCAGGGCAGGUGGGGCACCCAAGAGGGCCAGAGAGUAGAAAGAAGUGAGGGGAGAGUGAAGGAAGGAAAGGAAGAGGAAUGGUGGGGGGUGGCAGGUGUGGUGUAGGGUAUGGCCAGGGCGAGGCCAGGAGAAGAGCUGGGGGCCCAGUUGUAGCUGACGGCAGAGUCUAGGCAGGCUGGGCAGAAUGGUGCAGACCUGGCAGGCCCCAGGCCCCUCACAGCUGCAGCCACUCAGGGGUGUGGGGCUGGCAUCAGCCAGGCAUCUUGGUGCCUACUGGCCAGCUCAGUCCUGGCAAUAGGCUCCACAGCCCCAACUAGGCCUGGGAGACCCCAGCAGCAGCAUAGGCCCAGAGGCAGUAGAGUUGUUGGGGGCAAGGGCAGAAUGCAAGGGUCCUGGACCUAGCCUAGGACUUCCUGGCUCUCCCACCUGGGCCCUUUCAGAGGUUUCAGCCUGAGAUCCAUCGGGCCUCACCUGGUCAUUGCCUGCUCUCUCUGAUCUGGGGGAAGGAAAUUUCAGCUUAUUUCUGGAGGAUGGGCACCUUGUUUUGCAACCGCAAGCCUCCCUGGACUACCUCCAGGAGUCUGGGGCUGUGGCUGUCAGUGAGGAGCGGAACAGAGACGUGGGGCAGCUCUGACUCACCGGCCCGGCUGCCAACUCAGGAGCAGCUGAGCCACACCAGGGAAACCCCGCCCUCUGCCAGGCCUGGCCACAUAAAGCUCACCCUCCCGGGGGUCCUGGCUUCAGAGAACAUCCAGGGCGUAUGACCCUUUCUAUCCUAGCUGUGGUGAAAAAUGAGUAAGUCAAUAUCCAAUCUACUCAGCAAAGAGAAUCAACAACCCACAUUCCAGAAGGGUAUUAUCCUUGCUUGGGAAAAGCCUCUGACGGGAGGUCAGGAGGCUUCGGCUCUCUCCAUCUCAGGCCCGCUCCUUAGGGGACCUUGAGUGGAUUACACCACAUCCACCUCACUUUCCUCAGAGGUAAAUGGAGUUCCAUGAUGCCACAAAGAGAUAAAGGAUGAUAAAACACAGGCAACCACUUACUGAAGUUACUGUGUCCGGGACUCUCCUGUUACUUCACACACAUUUUCUCAUUUUUCCCUCUCAUCAACUCAAACCAGGUAUUAGUAUUGUCCCAUACACAAAAGUGAAACCAGGGGGCAUUAGAAGUGACAUGCCCAAGGUCAUCCAGUCAGUAUGGCAGGGAUGGGACAGGCACCUGGGUCUGGCUGACUCACGUCAGAGCUUGGGAGAUAAAGCACCUGCCAAGGUUGCACAGCUGGGAGUGGGGAAGACUGGGUCCCAUCCCUGUCUCCUGACUCCAAACCUUUCUGGUGCGGUGUGUCCUCAAGAGAAAGAAUAGCAAAGUGCUGGGUGAGAGAGCUAAGUGAACAGGGCCACACAAAGAUAAUAUAAAAGAAUUUGGUGGACCUCACAGGCCCCUGUGCAGAGGGGAUGUGGAAGUCAGGAGACGGGAGAAGCAUAGUCAGCUCUGCAGGCUCCCACUUCCCCACCUUACCACUCAGGCAGGCCCAAGGGAAUGGAUGAGCUGGUACUUUCCUCCCAGACACAUGAGCCACUUGGACCACACAGUUCUUCCACCACGCUCUUCAGAGGCAGCGUCCUUGUUCCUGGAAACCAAGCCUGGAAAGGGCGACUGCUCCUGGGGCCUGACACCUGCACUGAGCAGCUUCUUUGAAGUAGGAGAAAAGACUCUAAUUUCAGCUUAUUGUUCAGCUUCAUAAUUAAAAACUAUUUUUCUGGAAGUAUUUAUGUAACAUAUGCCUGUAUUUUAAAAAUCCAUUACCAAAUACAUAAAAUAGAAAGUCUUCUCUUUAAUGUAUUUUGUAUUUUAGACUCCAGCAACAUUUUCAAUGCUCCUUUUCUUUAUUCAGCAACUCUGUGUAUAAUGAAUUUAUCUUAUAGAAAUUCUGCCUCUUACUGUUAAGAGUUUGGUUAUAUUCUUCUAGAGUUUUCCUCCCCUUACACCCACACUAAUAUUUGUAUUUUGUAUCU